GGCCUGAAAGUCUGCACAGGUAUCGCGCAGGCGCGGGGAUACGUGCGAGUUAUUUAUAGCACUUCUCCGGCUUGGAGUUUGGGUAGAGCAUCCUCCUCCGGACUCUGCUUGUUGCUUGGUGCUCGAGGGUUGUGUGCACGAUCGGUGUGCGUAUGUGAUAUAGUCGCCGGCCACUCUCGCACUUGACUGGGAAAAAGGUUGUACCACACUACACUUCAGACACAAUGUCGUACUUGAAAAUGCCCGGAGACGACGGUCUGGGACCGCGCGUGCGGGACAACAACGAUGGCACCAUCUGCGUCGAGUACCAUCCCAAAGUGGAAGGUCGCCAUGAAGUCCUGAUGACACACAACGGAGGCGCAGUCAAAGGCAGCCCCUUCUCUUGUGUUGUGGACAGCCUCCCCGAUGGCUUCGUCACGGCCUUUGGUGUCGGUCUCGUUGGUGGUAACAGUGGAGAAGAGGAGUCUUUUACGGUUGUUGCUAAACAAGGCACGGCGAAGGACAUCGAUAUCAACAUCGAAGGACCUGCGAAGGUUGAUUUGAAAAGGAAAGACAACCCCGAUGGUUCCACCAACGUGACUUAUCUGCCCAUGACACCGGGCGCCUACAAUAUCCACAUCAAAUACAAGGGGAAGGCCAUCAAAGGUUCACCUUUCGCCGCCAAAGUCUCGGGCGAGGGCAGGAAAAGGUCACAGCUGUCGUUGGGCAACUCGGCGGAGUACUCCUUGAAGGUAAUCGAAGCGGACAUUGUGGACCUGGUGGGCACCAUCCAGACCCCCGCCGGCAACAUUGAGCCGAUCAUCCUCAAGAAGAUGGGUGAUGGCGAGAUAGGAAUCGCAUCCUUCAACCCCCGCCAGAAGGGUGAGUACAAGGUGUGCGUCAUGAGGAACGAGAAGCACAUCAAGAACUCCCCCUUCCGUCUGCAGAUCGGCGACAAGGAGCUCGGGCACGCGGCCGGCUGCAAGGUGUCUGGCGCCAUCGAUAAAUCCAUCGCCAACCACCCCAACACUGUCGAGAUCGACACCACUAAUGCAGGCUACGGUGGUCUCAGCGUGGUCCUCGAAGGCCCUCACAGGUCGGACAUUGAAUGUUACGAAGCCAAAGACCGGAAGUACACCAUCCACUACAGCCCCCACGAGCCGGGCAUCUAUAUCCUCAACAUCCGAUUUGCUGAUGAACACGUUCCAGGGAGCCCGUUCUUGCUGAAUGUUGGCGGCAACCCAUCAGGACGCAUUCGUGAGACGGUGCAGAAACAGAUGGAAGCGGCGGAGGCCAGUGUCCCUCACAAACCCUGCGAGUUUAUCCUCCAGAUUCCAGGCACCAACCCGUUUGACAUGGAGGCCUCAGUAACAAGCCCAGAUGGUGUCACAGAGCUGUGUGAUGUCGUGGACCUGGAAGACUUCCACUACAAGAUCAUGUUCACACCGCAGGUCAACGGCAUGCACACGCUCAGCGUGCGUCACAAGGGCAUGCACAUCUCAGGAAGCCCAUUCCAGUAUUCAGUGGGUCAGCUGAACAUGGGAGGUCCUCACAAAGUCCAGGUGGGCGGCCCCGGUCUGGAGAAGGGAGAAGUCGGAAUGAAAAACGUGUUCAACAUCUACACGAGGGAGGCGGGUCCUGGAAUCCUCUCUUUGGCCUUAGAAGGUCCCAGCAAAUCAGAGAUCAAGCUGGAGGACAGACCAAAUGGCUUCCUCGGCGCAUCUUAUAAGGUCACGCGACCUGGUGUCUACGGCAUUCAUAUCAAGUAUGACGAUACACACAUACCUGGGUCACCUUUCAUGGUUAACAUCGCUCCAGACAGUGGAACUGCUCGUCAAGUUUCAGUUCAGGCCUUGCGAGACAAGGGCUUGUCUGUGGACAAGCCAGCCACCUUCACCGUCGCCCUGAACGGCGCGGUAGGCAAACUGCAUGCUACAGUCCGCACGCCCUCUGGCGGCCACGAAGACUGCUUCAUCCAGGAGAUGGACACGGGCCUGUACGCCAUCCGCCUCAUCCCCAAGGAGAACGGCGUACACUACGUGGACGUCAAGCUCAACGACGCACACAUCCCAGACUCCCCCUUCGCCAUGAUGGUAGGGUCUUCAGCUGCUGAUCCUGCUAUGGUCAGCGCCAGCGGCGAGGCUCUGGAACAUGCCAAAUGUGGAACCAAAAAUAAGUUUCUGGUGCGGACUGCUGGCGCUGGCAGCGGUAUCCUGGCCGUCUUCGUGGACGGUCCGUCCAAAGCGGCCUUGUCCUGCAAAGAGGUGGAGGACGGCUACGAGUUCACCUUCACGCCAUUCUGCCCUGGCGACUACUUGAUCACCAUCAAGUACGGCAACAUCCCCAUCGCCGGCUCUCCCUACAAGACCAACGUUUCAGAUGGACCUACAGAGAACUCAGGAACGGGCCGCAAGCCCUCUCCGAUCGUUGAGCAAUCAUCCAUGGUCGUGGAGACGGUGGAGAAGAAAACAGGAGUCGGGGGCAAAGUUCGUCGCUUCAGAGGAGACGCAUCCAAGGUCGUGGCCAAGGGUCCCGGGCUGAAGAAAGCCUUCACAAACCGUCUGCAGAGCUUCACCAUAGAAACCAAAGACGCAGGUGAGGCGUUGUUGAGUGUGGGGAUGUUAGCUCCGAGUGGAUAUCCCGAGCCUGAGCUUAGUGUGAAGAAAGUGUCCAACAACAACUACACCAUCAGCUACAAGGUUACCGAGAUUGGCGACCACACUUUGUACGUCAAGUGGGGAGACGAGGACAUCCCCGGCUCGCCCUUCACCCUCUCCACGUGAAAUGUUUCCGACUGGCAUGUGCCGCUGUCUUUUCCACAUCCCUCCCACAAUAGCCGCCAUGUCGAACACCUGCAGUGACUGAGCGACGAGGUUUUAAUUUUUGGACAGCAAGUGGUAACGGAAGUACUGUCCCCGCCAUUUAUUUUUCUCCAGCCGUUCCCAUGGUAACGCGUUCCCGGAUGCUGGUUUUUAUCGUCUGGGGACCAGUUCCACUCCCUAUCUUGACCACCCUUCUCCUACAAACUUUCCACAUGAUCAAAGUAAUUAUUGCUACUAUUAUUUUUAUUAGCAACCCUCAAAGCAUGUUGACCUUUCAUCAAAUGUAUUUGUAGAUAUGGAUUGAUUUCACUACAAUAAUUGUGUAAUUUAAUUAUUUCAGUUACGAACAAGACUUUUGAUAUUUUUCCGAGAUUAUAACUAGAUGUUUUUUUUUUUAAAUAAAAAAACUUUUAAGUUUUUUUUUCAGAGAACUGCACAGUAUUCGUAUGAUAUAUUCAGCAGCGUCAUAGAUGUGCAUUCUGGACACAAUUUAGAUGUCUAUUCCAUACGAAUCGUAUGUUACCAGCUGCUGCUGCUUACGUGCAACUUGAGUUGUAAACUAUCGUGCAUGGUGUGCCAUUUAUUUAUAUACCUUUAUUUUUCUUUCUUUCGCUCAUUUGUUACUUCCUUAUUUUAUUUACUCGCUAGAUAUGUUGUGCAGCCUAUUUUGAUCGCUUAAAAAAAUAAAAAUCGAUAGAUGGUCGAAUUAGUUUAUCAGCAAUUCGAGUGGAUUUCCUUCUUGUAUUUCUGAAGAAACGUAGAAUAUAUUUAGAUCCCAUCUGGUAAAGAGUCCAAACAAAGAUACUGUAAUUGUAUCUUUUAUGAUACAGUCAUCUCAAAAGAAGAACAAUUAUCAAUUUUUGACCAAAUGAAGAGAUCAACAUACAACACACACAAAAAAUCCAUUUACAUUACCAAGGUUUAUCGUAUCUUUACAAGAUCUACUAGGCUUGGUCAAAUCGUGUUUAUAUCCUUGAGCUAUGAGUGAUGGCAUGACCACAAGAAAGUUGAUCUUGAACGAAAGCUCAACGACACGAAGAAUGAGCUUACCAGGAUGGAUUGUUUGAAUAAAUGUCUUUGAGUAUUUGA